GUAGAAAAAAGAAAAGAAAAAAAAUGUCCGAAAAAAUCAAUUCAAAUCCAAAUCAAAUGAAAUGUUAUGAUGAACGAUUAGAUUUGAUCAGUGUUAAUCCAUUUGUUAAUCAUCAUCGUAAAACUGGUUGGAUACGUCUUUAUACCUAUACAAUUGGAUUAUUUUUAUUUGUUAUACGUUUUCCACCAUUUGUUUUAUUUGUAUUAAUGGCAACAUUAGUGGCAAAAAUAACAUUAAUAAUGAUAUCAAUUGGAAAAUUUUUUCGAUUAAAAACUGAAUUUUUACGUACGAUUGGCCGAAAUGUUUCAAUAUUUAUACUACGUACGGGAUUAUUUUUUGCCGGAUUUUAUUGGAUACGUAUGGUUGAUCAACGACCAACAGAUCGUCGUCAUACAUUAGCACCGAUCAUAUGUGCAGCACCACAUUCAUCAUUUUUUGAUAUUUUAUUGAUAUUAAAAUUAGAAAAUCCAACAUUUGUAUCACGUAAAGAAAAUAUACAUACACCAUUGAUUGGUAAUAUUUUACGUCUUUAUAAUGGUAUAUAUGUUGAUCGUCAUGAUAAAAAUUCACGUAUAGCAACAAUACAAGCAAUUAUGGAACGAACAAGUAAACAUGCUGAACAUGUUUUAAUAUUUCCCGAAGGUACAACAGCUAAUCGUAAAGCAUUAUUACAAUUUAAAUUGGGUGCAUUUUUACCACGAUUACCAAUACAACCGGUAUUGAUACGUUAUGAAACUUGUUGCGGUAUACAUGAUCCAAUUACAUGGACAUGGGAAGGACCGGGUGUAUUGAAAAUAUUUUUCUAUACAAUGUCUUGUUUAUCAAUUGAUUGUGAAAUAACUAUAAUGGAUGAAUAUCGACCAAAUAAUUUAGAAUUACAAGAUCCGAAAAAAUUUGCACAAAAUGUUGCACAAAAAAUGUGUAUCGAAUUAGGUAUACCACAAUCAUAUUAUUCAUAUGAUGAUGUACCAUUAAUGCAUGUAGCUAAACAAUUUGGUUUAUUUCGUUCACCAAUCUGUAUUAUGAUGUUAAAAAUUGCGGAAAAAAUUCGUUCAACCAUAUUGAAUAAAACUGAAAAAUUUGAUGAUGAAACCGAUCCAAACAGCCCUAAAACACCGACACCGACAACGCCAACGGCAACUACCACCACCACCCCAAAAUCAAAUGAUGCAAACAAUGGUACUGGUACUGUAACUGAUUGCCAAAAUCAAAAAUCAAAAUCUAGUCCAAAAACAAACAAUUCUAAUACUGCUGAUUCUAAUGUAAAGGAUGGCCAAAAUUCUAGUCAAAAACCAAAAAAAGAUGAUCUUGAAUAUUUAACUACAGGCUAUUCCGAAGAAUCAGUAAUUGAAUCAUAUAAACCGAUAAGUAUUGGACAAUCACAAUCAUCUUCAUCAUCAUCUGAAUUAGCAGAAUUACAGGCAAUGUCAAUGUUGGCCACAGAUAAUGUUGAUGAUUCGAAUGAAUUUCAAUAUCUACCAAUCAGUAAAGUAAAAAGAAAAUUAUUUCGAUCCGAAUCAUUUACAUUCACUACUAUUGAUGAUGAUAAUCGUUUAUUAUAUGAAAUAUUUUCACGUCUUAUUGAACAUUGUAUAACUAAAAUGGAAAAACAUUUUCAUUAUCGACCAAUAAAAUCAAGCAAAGAAAUUCCCGUUUUGUUGAAAUUAUUUGAAUUCAUUCCAAUUGAUUCAACAUUACGAACUUUGAAUACAAUAUUUAUGGAUCUGGUAAAAAUGUUACAAAUGACAGUUUCGAUACCAAUAACAACAAUACAUUUAUUAAUUAUAUUACAUUUAUGUGAUAUACGUGAAAAAGAUCUAUGGGAACGAAUACGUAUUGUUAUUCGAUUGUUUAAUCAAAUGCAUCCAAAAACAACAAAUGAAACAAACAAUAUGGAACCAUAUUUAACAAUGAAUGAAUUUCAAACAUUUUUAUGGUAUUCAUUAGGUUUGAAUGAAUUUAAUAAUCAAUAUUUUUUACAACAUCAUUUUGAUUAUCGUUAUAUACGAGAAAAUCUUUGCCGGUUAUUUUUUCGUGCUGUCAAUGAAAAUGCACCGCAAUUAAUUCCAAAACAACUAUCGAUACUGAAACAAAUACAAGAUAAACAAGCACAAGAAUAAAUUUAAUUUUUGUUUUAAUAUGAAUUUCAAAUCAAA